UCUCACGAAUUGGUCUACUAACGCGACUACUUCGACGGUUGUUUCUCUUUUGCCGAGAUUUUCAUCGUACGCGUUCAGUGAUAAAUAUAGUGAAAAAAAUUUAACAAAUUACUUUGUUAAAGUGUUUUUUUGUUCGUACGACAAAAAAAUUGAAAAAUAUCCCUUCAAGAUGAAGUGUCACGUUAUGUCCCUGCUCGUUCUGUUCUUGACGAUCGCCGUGUUCUCCGAUCUCGCACGAUCGCAAGAGCAACUCGGCGACCUGGAAGAAGUUCAGAUGCAAGAGGACGCGAAUCAACAGUACGAGCCUCAAGUCAGAAACAAAAGGACGAUUCUGUUGCUGAAGAAGAAGGCUCUCGCUGCCGGCACAGUCGGCUUUGGAUUGGGCGUAGGCGUGGGAGCUAUUAAAGGGUACACGGCCGGUCGCGGAGGUUUCGGCGCCGGAAGCUUCCCAUCGCUGAGCGGCUGGAGAGGUGGCUACAACAACAACUACAACAACAACUACGGCUACGGCAACGGCGGUUACGGCAGCGGCUACGGUUACGGCGGAGCCACGGGUUACGGCAGCGGCUACGGCGGCGGCAGCUACGGAGGCUACUACGGCGGCUUCAGGCCCAGUUACUACAAUAGGUAUAACGGCAAUUCCGACUAUAAUUCGCUCUAUAACGACGGCGGCUACUACGUCAAUGGCCACGCCAAUCAUUUGGGAUACAACGGCCUGACGGGCCAGUGCAACCACAACGCCAACAACCUUUACAACGCCGGCUACUCGGCCUACAGUCGCGCCUAUGACAAUGCCCAAACUAAUAACGAGGUGGCGGCGGUGGCUUCUUCCGGCAAUGUCAAUGGGCAACUGCAGCCGGUCGAGGCGCGCUUGCAGGUAGCCGCGUCCAACGCUCUGCCCAUCAACGUCGCCGCUGCUGCACCCGGGAGAAUUAAUAACGAAGGGUACUAACGGCGAAAAACUUUCAUUCAGGUGGCUGAUUAUAUCAUCGAGUUAACAACACUAGCCUGACCCAUUAGAAAAUAAAUGUAGCUAAAAAUGUAACUCUGUAACAUAAUUUUUUCUUUUCUUCAAGAUUUUUGUACAUAAAUUUUGAUAUGAUUUGAUAGUGAUAAUGAUUAUGAUGAAAAGUGUAAUUAUAAUGAAAUGAGACGAUUCGAUACGUAAAAACAACUGCUGUACAAAAAAAAAACAUUGUAUUACGAAUUUUCGUUGUAAUAUUAUGGCUCAUGUAAUAAAUAUGA